GUGUCCCAAUCUGCCUCAGCAGCACAGAUCAGUCCAGCCCCUCUCUCGCUCUCUGUCUCUCUCUCUCUCGCUCUCUCUCUCAUAAGAGCAGCGCAUGCACAUACACUCGCGCACACACCCACCUACCACGCAGAGACACAACCUCAGGCGCGCUCACACACACGCAGACACACACGCAGGCACAGAAGGGCACACUGAGCAACCUCAUCUACCAGCUCCAAGACACAGCCAGAGCCAGCUAAAAGACACAGCCCUGUAACAGCAGACCAGCAUGGAUUACCUGAAGAAGGGAUUCUCCAUGGCCAAGGAAGGUGCGGUGGCUGCAGCGGAGAAGACCAAGGCAGGGGUGGAGGGGGCAGCUGCCAAAACCAAGGAGGGGGUAAUGUAUGUGGGGAACAAGACAAAGGACGGAAUGGUAGCAGGUGUGAACACAGUGGCCCAGAGAACAACUGACCAAGCCAAUAUUGUCGGGGACGCAACGGUCGCCGGAGCCAAUGAGCUGUCUCAGCAAACAGUGGAAGGGAUGGAGAACGCAGCGGUGAACUCCGGAUUGGUGAACCAGAGUGACUUCUCUCAGGGAGCUGAGCAGGCAGGACAGUAGGAGUGUUGGUUCUGACAUCAGUGAUCUGCAGCAGCCUCCCUCGUCCUCUCUUCCGGAAGAAAUGCCGUGUUAGAUGCUGCUCGUCCUGCGUCUCCCAUUGCCAACUCUUGUUUCUGGGGAGGGCUACCAACCCCGGUGUGCCCCCCCCCCUCUGAUGCUUUCUUUGUGUGACUCGAUGGAAACGAAACAUUCUGAAAGAUCCUCCCCGUCCACAACAUCCCUCACCAUACAAGCUACACAUUCCUGCCCCGUAUACCUUUACCGUCCAUAUCCCUCACCCCUGACUAUUACCCACCUUACCACUGUGACCCCCCCCCCCCCAUUCCCUUUGCCCACCACUCCAGGUCAUCCUACACGAUACCACACAUACACAUACACAAACAUACAGUUCACACAUGCAUACACACCAGGACAUUGAGAAAGCCUUCGCAGAACAAUACUUUUAGUCCUCUCCGAGAGGGUUGGCAAUGUGAGACUUCCUGGUAGUGUGCACUCUGUCAGAUAAUGUAACACCAGUACUUAUACAGUAGAUGUACUCAUGUCAGUGUAUGCGUUGGUCAGGUUUGUUGAUGAAGAUGUGUUUUGAAGUGAGUUAAUUUAACCCUGUGUGUCUUAAUGCCUGACGCCCCCUCAUCCUUAUUGUGACAGAACAGAGGGUGACACUUUAUUUAGAUAGCCCGGAUUUUCCAUCUGUAGACGCUCUACAGAUGGCCAUGCGAUCAGCAAACUAUCUUGCUAAGGUUACUGCUAGGGUUAGGUUUAGAAUAUGGGUUAGGGUUAGUAGAUAGUUAGUUGAAAUGUUACUGAUAGUCUAUAGAUGGUCCAUCUGUCGAUACUCUACAGACUAUCCAAAUAAAGUGUUGCCAAACAGGGUUCAGGGUCAGAGUGAAGGUGAAGUUAUGGAUUAACAGCUCCCCCAUCACAUGACCCAGGCCGUCUCGCACCUGCAGUGGGGCUGCAGUACAGACAGGCUACUCUGUAUCUCAUAAACAGAUACUGUCGGUGGUGUUUCCUGCUGUCUCUCUGCCCCGAACCCUGGGUCUGCUAUAUAGAGAAAUCAAAGAGAGAAAGGUGACGUUAGGAGUUUCCAACGGCCUUUAUCUUGUGUUUGACUAGUUGCAAUGAAAGGCAAUGAAAAAAAUGAAAUGUAUGUAUGUGAUCAGAUUAAAGAUAUAGUAUAAUGGUCCCACUUCCAGAUUCAGUAUGUAUGUGAUCAGACUAAAGAUAUAGUAUAAUGGUCCCACUUCCAGAUUCAGUAUGUAGGCCUACCUCAGACGUGAAUACGAGUAGUCGACAGGUCAAAUACCUUGACAUCCCGUACAUCUGGUCUUCGAGGAAAACAAUUUCUCCACCCCCCUCAUCAUGCUUUCACUCUGAUCCUUCAUUCAAGCGACGCCUACAGGUCACUCAACAGUGUACCCUGCCCCCUCCCCUGUCUGUCUGCUUUCGGUGACUUGAACAGGUCUUUUAAACCAUCACGGUGUUUGUCCUUUGAAGCCGUCUCAAACGAGACUGCGUGUUGCCUUACUAACAUCCAGACACAUAGACUCAGACACACAUUCAUUGGGACUAAAAACACAACCUCAGACAAAUUCAAAUUCACCUAUUGCACGCACGUAUCCAAGAAUUAGAGGUUACAUACACACUGACACACACGUUCAUCCAAAAAUGCAAAAUAUAUAUGUUGGCAUCAAAGCAGACUGCUUCUUUUAUAAACAGUACUACUGAACUGAAAUAAAUACAAUUUUAUUUAAAUCCAAAA